AUGCUGACCCUGCCACAGACCCGUCGGAGAUGGUCAUUAGUGGUCUUCAUUCUGCUGGGUGCGGUGUUGCAGUGGCGGCCAACCUCUGUUCCACCAGCGUGGUGGCAACGUGGAUGGCCGCGGCAACGGGUUGACAGUGUGGCGGCAGCGGAGUUGUUAUCGCAGCUGGCAGUGGUUCUGAUGCCAAAAACGCCAAUUGAGGAACUGGUCCGCAGCUUUCCAUCACCAGAAGGGUGGAGUGGAAAUUAUUUGGAGCCAGACUUGGUGGCUUUUGGAGUGCUAAAGGAUCCGGAUGCGGCCUUGUUUGUGGAAUAUGACGGGGACGUGGAUCAUGCGAAAAGGGAAAGCAAGACCAAAGACCAGAAGAACCAAGCAUUGUUGGAAUAUGGGCCUCCAGGGUCAUGUGUCCUGCGCAUCAACCACAGGCACAGCAGUCCACUGAAGGAUCAAGUUCUUGAAAUCAGGGUGUGUCCCUGGCAGCCGCGAAACACGUCAUCCCUGCAAUCCGCGCUUGAAGACACGCUGACGCAGACAUUUCGAGCACUAGGGCAAGUUCUUUCUCCGAAAGCGGCAAAGCGCUUAGGUCGUCAAGCCAACAGAAGCUCCGUGAGGUUGUCAGCAGAGGCAGAGAAGUUCGUAGAACGCACAAUAGCUUUGAUCAAGCUCCUCCGACCGGUGACUUCAAGGACGCCAGCCAUGGAGUGGCUUUCGGACCUGGGGCUUAGCAAGGCUCAAGUUCUGAAGACCAUCACCCGAGUUCCCCGUAUUCUUGGCUGCGAUGUUGAAAAAAAGUUGAAGCCAACAGCAAAGUGGCUCUUAAAAAUGGGACUGACCCGGGCACAAGUUGCAAAGGUCGUGGCAGUAUUCCCCUCAAUUCUUGACUGCAGCAUUGAGCAGAACUUGGAGCCAACAGUUCAGUGGCUCUCUAACAUGGGGCUGACCAAGACACAAGUUGCCAAGGCCAUUGCAGUUUUUCCUCCAAUUCUUGUUUCGAGCAUUGAGCAGAAGUUGAGGCCGACUGUCCAGUGGUUGUUGAAUAUGGGCCUGAGCAAAACUCAAGCUGCAAGGGUAAUAGCAACACAGCCUCGGAUUCUUGGCUUCAGCAUUGAACAGAGCUUGAGGCCCACAGUUCGAUGCUUUUUUGAAAUUGGUCUAAGCACAGAUCAAGUUGCAAAGGCGAUAGCAGUUUUCCCUGCAAUUCUUGGCUACAGCAUCGAACAGAACUUGAAGCCCACCAUUCAGUGGUUUUGCAACAUGGGGCUGAGCAAAGCUCAAAUUGCAAAGGUAAUAGCAACAUUUCCUUCAAUUCUUGGCCUAAGCAUCAAUCAAAACUUGAAGCCGACGGCGGAUUGGCUCUCUAACAUGGGACUGAGCAAGGCACAAGUUGCGAAGGUAAUGGCAACGUAUCCUCAAGCCUUUGGCUACAGCAUCCAGGACAACUUGAAACCGACAGUUCAGUGGUUCUUGAAUUUGGGACUGAGCAAAACUCAAAUUUCAAAAGUAAUAGCAGCGAAGCCUCAAGCUCUUGGCUACAGCGUCCAGCAGAACUUGAAGCCCACAGUUCAGUGGCUCUUGGACAUCGGGCUUGGCCAAGAUCAAGUUGUGAAGGCUAUAGCCACCUGUCCUCAAAUCCUUGGCUUGAACAUUGAGAAGAAUCUGAAGCCAAAGCAAGCUUUGCUUGAAGCUGCGAUUGAGGCAACAGAUGCUGCAGACUUGAUUAGCAGAUUUCCGCAGAUUUUUUCAUAUAGCUAUCAGCGCUUGUCCUCUCGCUUGAGAUUUCUUUCAGAAAUAAAUGAGACUCAAAUGCUAGCAUCGGCCAUGUCGUACACCGAAGAUGGCUUCUCGAAGCGCUUUCAUGUGAGAGAACCCAUGUGGUGGCAGCGCGGAUGGCCGCGGCAACGUUUUGGCACUGUGGCAGAAGCAGCGUUGUUAUCAAAGCUUGCAGAGGUCUUAAUGCCAAAAAAACAGAAGCAGGAACUGUUCCGGAGCUUUCCAUCACCAGACGGGUUGGACGAGGAGUAUUUGGAGCCGGACUUGGUGGUGUAUGGACUGCUAAAGGAUCCAGAUGCGGCCUUGUUUGUGGAAUAUGACGGGGACGUGGAUCGUGCGAAAAGGAAAAGCAAGACCAAAGACCAGAAGAACCAAGCAUUGUUGAAAUAUGGGCCUCCAGGGUCAUGCGUCCUGCGCAUCAGCCACACCCACAGCAGCCCACUGAAGGAUCAAGUUCUUGAAAUCAGGGUGUGUCCCUGGCAGCCGCGCAACACGUCAUCCCUGCAAUCCACGCUUUCCGACACGCUGACGCAGACAUCUCAAGGACUUGAGCAGGUUCUUUCUUCGAUAGUGGCCAAACGUUUGAGCCGCCGAGCAAGCAAACUCUCUAUGAGGCUGUCUCGGAGUGUAGAGAAGCUCGGAAAGGCUCAAAUUGUCGAGAGAAUCACCAGCUCUUCCCAUAAGCUUGGCUGCAACUGUAAGCAAAACUUGAAGCCAAUAGUUCAGUGGCUCGUAGACAUGGGGCUGACAGAGCAACAAGUUGCAAAUGUAAUAGCAAAGUUUCCUCGAGUCCUUCGCUUCAGCAUCGACCAGAACUUGAAGCCGACAGUUCAGUGGCUCUUGGACAUCGGGCUUGGCCAAGAUCAAGUUGUGAAGGCUAUAGUCACCUAUCCUCGAAUCCUAUGCUUGAGCAUUGAGAAGAAUCUGAAGCCCAAGCAAACUUUGCUUGAAGCUGCGAUUGAAGCGACAGAAUGUGCAGACUUGAUUAGCAGAUUUCCGCGCAUUUUUUCAUAUAGCUAUCAGCGCUUGUCCUCCCGCUUGCGAGUUCUUGCAGAACGAAAUGAAACGCAUAGGCUGCCCAGGUUAGUAUAUGCCAUGACAUGCACCGAAGAUGGCUUCAAGAAACAUUUUGAGCAUUCGUCAGGCUAG